UUCUAGUACGUGGCAACUUAGCGUCGUACAGUCAUAAAUAUCCCUGGAGGGUUUUAGUGUCAGGUCUUAAAGAAGUAAAGCACAACGAGGUAUAACAAUACUUUUAGCGCGACAAUGGCAACGACAACCGAUUCCAAAAAGCAAGACACCACCCCCGUCGACGAGGACGACGACAUUUUCUAUUACGUCGGUGUAAAAGCAUCACCGUUCGCGGCCGAUAGCGCGGUUUUCGGUUUGCCACCGAAGGAGGUAUCGGCCUUACGCUGUCGCUUUCCGCUGUCCCCCUGUAGCACGAAUGUCGUGAACGGAAUUAUGCUUAAAGGCACACCAUUCUCCAUCAUAAAUGCUCUAGCUGAGCUCGGCUAUCGAGUUAUUUGUAGUACCGGAGAAGCCGAGGUACUUUGGACACUGCAGCGGGAUUGUUAACGCUUUAAAAAUGGACCUUACUGCAAGCGCAUCAUAUAUAUGUAUCUUUAUGAAUCAAACUAUAGAAAUUAGUAUUAAUGAAUCGAUGAGAUUUAUGUCGUCACUUGUUUGACUUAUGUCACUUUGUUUUUCUCCGUAUCUAUUUUUAUAUUUUGGAAUAUGAUAAGUGUUUGCGGAAAUUACGUUUGUAACUGCGCCUCGGGGAAAGUUGAGUUAGAUAUAUACAUAUGUGCGGACCAAUUAAAAAGGCUUUGUUUUUUUGAGGAUGAUCAAUUGUACUUUGUAAAAUUGGAUAUUGAUAUGUACUGAAGUGCAGCUUUUCGUUAGAAUAAUCAAAAAAUAAACAUAUGCCAUAUUUUCUUAGGAAAUUUUAAUUUUUGUUGUGCGAAAUCACACGAAUCAAUUCUCAUCGAUGUGUAUAUUGUGUACCGUGGUAAUGAUGAGUUCCUCCUUUUAUGACUUUGAAAAUGACGCUGUAAAAUUGUAUAAUCAUG